AUGGCGCCAGCAUCUCCACGGCCUAUUGCCCCUGCUUUGACAGGAAAUCAACUCCAGGGGCCUAAUUAUACUCGAUCGCUUUCGGAUCCCCGGGUGCAACAAAAAAUACCGUUUGCCGGUCAUGACGAUAACCUUGACCGUCUAAUUCCGGCGCCCGGUGUAACUAUCGAUCGGCGAGACUAUCCGUAUACUCAGUAUGACAGAAAUUCUGUUGCGAUGUCUCUUCAUCAGGUUCAUCUGAGAAGCCCGAAGCGAAUACCGCAAGAACAUGACCCGGGAAAGCUGGGAAGGUAUUAUCAAGCAAUCAAAGAGUUCACACUCCCCCCAGUGGCGAUCCCGCCUCAGUCAUAUUUAUAUGAGUUUCAUUUUGAGAUCCCGGAACAUCAGUUUAUUCAGCUAGUAAAGGAAGAGGAUAUACAAGGCGAACACUUGCCUGUAAGUUUAUUCUCCAGUGGAUCUCUACGUCUCCGCGUUCGAUGCUGUCACAUGAAGAAGACGCAUACCUCUCUCAGCGACACUUGGGUCACUACUGAAACAACUUGGCCGCAACACAUUUUUAUGGAACUAAACAAUGAGGUCCUCAGUAUCCCUCGGAAGUCGCACUUUUCUAAAGAUUUACCAAUUGAGGCUUCCUGGGCCGCUAUCGCAAACAAGAACAUACUCAAAGUCUCUAUUCCAAAGAUUAGUGAAAACAGGGAAGAACCUAAACCCGGUUGGGAAUUUUAUAUUGCAAUUGAGCUCAUUGAAAUUCUCAGUCACCGUGAUGUGCUUCAGAUGGUUAGAAUGCAUCAAGUACCAGCAGAUGCGACAAGAGAGGUAAUCAGGACUCGUCUCGUGGGAGCAAAUGGGUUCUCCCAACAGCCUGCGGACGAAGACGAACUUAUGAUGCUGAACGAAUUAUCUAUCGAUCUCAUAGAUCCUUUUUCCAGGGUUAUGAUUAAAGUACCCGUUCGUGGGAAGUCAUGCACGCACCUUGAGUGCUUUGAUCUCGAAACCUGGCUGAAUUCUCGGUUGGGUAAGAAAUCGUGCAACUGGUGUAACAACACUCCCGGAGGCUGUUCGAAAUGUCCCAACGAACCAUCUUUUGUAGACAAAUGGAAGUGUCCACUUUGCCUCGCCGAUGCGCGACCCUAUAGCCUCGUCAUUGAUGAGUUUCUUGUCCAAGUACGGUCGCAGCUGGAGCACCAGAAUUUAUUACAGGCGAAGUCGAUCCUUGUCUCCCCGGAUGGGACGUGGAAACCGAAGGAGCAACCAGCGGACGACGAUGGAGACGUUGAUAGUGAGGACGAUGGUAACAUAUCAACCGGAAGACUAUCCAAAGCACAUCAGCGCAUAGAAUCUGGAAUUGAAGUUAUCGAAAUUGAUUGA